CAUUCUCUGCUUAAUGAACAUUUCUGUGCUUUAGCUCGGUGGUCAGUUCCUCUAUUUUAAUUAUAUCGCAUUUCUCAAUCAAAAACUUGGAAAGAUAAGAAGAUGUAGCUUUUUAAAGAAACAUCAUAAAUCUGUUAUCUUGGCGCAGUCGGUCUUCGGAGGUUUGGGUUCAAAUGGUUUUCUAGUGCUUAAAAGUAAACGUAGCUCGCUGACAUUUUUAUUGUUCGAGUAGACCACGCGUGACCCGGAAUAUUCUUCUUGAAUUAUAGGAUUUUUUUGACAUUACACGUAAUUUUUUUUGGACCGAGUUGUUUGCCACAGAGUCGAUCGUUUUUGGUUGAACAACCAAGAACAAUUAAAAGCUUCUUCUUUUAAACGUGAAGGCGAUUAUUAACCGAUAUUCAGCCGACUGAACACAAUGACUGAUUCUUGCCUACAGCUCUUCUUGAUGGCAACAGGAUUGUCAACGUGUCUGGCACAAGUGUGCGGCAGGCCUCCGCUAGGGAAACGCAUUGUUGGAGGAGUUGAAGCAUCACCAGGAUCGUGGCCUUGGCAAGUGGAUAUUCAGAUGGGAUCCAAUGGACAUGUUUGUGGUGGAUCUAUCAUUGCUAAAAAUUGGGUCCUAUCUGCUGCGCACUGCUUUCCUAACCCCUCAGAGGUGUCUGCGUACACUCUGUACAUGGGACGUCAUCUGCUCAAUGGCUAUAACCAGUUUGAGAAGGUCAGUUACGUGCAGCGAGUGGUCAUUCCUGAAGGAUACACAGAUCCUCAGGGUGGCAGAGAUGUAGCGUUGGUGCAGCUGCGCGCUCCGGUCUCCUGGACAGACAGGAUUCAGCCUGUGUGUCUGCCGUUUGCUGACUUCCAGUUCAACAGUGGGACCUUGUGCUACGUGACAGGCUGGGGACACAAACAGGAGGGUGUUUCCCUCACUGGAGCAGCAGCUCUACGGGAAGUAGAAGUGCCUAUUAUUGACCAAUCGUCCUGCCAAUUUAUGUAUCAGAUUUUGUCGUCUGAUUCAUCAACGGUUGACAUCCUAUCAGACAUGAUCUGUGCUGGAUAUAAAGAGGGAGGCAAGGAUUCCUGUCAGGGGGACUCCGGAGGGCCUCUGGUUUGUCCUGUUGGCAAUGGGACAUGGAUUCAAGCAGGAGUUGUGAGUUUUGGACUUGGUUGUGCUCAGAAAAACCGACCAGGUAUCUAUUCCCGAGUGUCAAGCUUUGAAAAGCUCAUCCGCACCACAGUUCCAGAAGCUUACUUUUUGGGCCAUGCUUGUAGAAGCGAAAGUCAAACGCCUCUGGUUACAGUCCUGUCUUUAGCAUUAGUGCUCAUUUGGAGAUAGUGGAUUAGUUAAGCAGAUGGAAUUUACAAGUGACACAAUCAAACUUUUGUUAAAUGCCACCGGUUUUGUCCAUGUGGCAUUCAUUAUUAUUUUUUAUUUUCUGUUUGAAUGAAGUCAGUGCAAAGCUUCAGAUAAUCUUGCACAUUAUUUUUAAUUAUGUGGUAAUUUGCAAUAUGUUCUUAUGAGGUGAUCUAGUCUAGGCAUGGGACGAUAAUCGUUUUCAAGGUAUACUGCGGUUUGGAACAGUCAAGGUUUUAAAACCGCCAAAAAUUUUUGCAGUACCGUUCCUAAGUUAACUGUAAGUUUUUUUCACAUAUUUGCUAAUUUAUUUAUUUUUUUCUUUUAACAACAGUAUCUCCGGCAGAAAAUAAAUCUAAAGAUGCCAUUUUAAAUUGUAAAUUUAAAUUGUUUUUGAAAAUAAAGAAGACAGCAGAAGUCAAUGAUUAAUUUUAAUGAUUUAUUCUGACAUGUUUACUGCUACAAAAUAUAUUAAAAGUUUCUCAAAAUAAAAUAUAUUGUGUUCAAAGGGGAAACAAGUUUUAUUUAUUUUUUUACCCAGACAUUUAAAAAGAAUAUAUUUUAGAGUAGUAUUCACAAUACUGUGACACCGUAAUAUUUUUAUCCAAGGUAAUCAUAUCGUCAGAAUCUUCUAACGGCCCAUGCCUAAUCUAGUCAUCUGAUCAUGGCUAAGCACAAUCUAGUCCUUGCAUUGUUAUUGUGUUUGAGUUAUUAUUACUUAAUGUAAUUGCAAUAAUGUCAUCAAAACCUCAGAACACUUUAUGAUGCCAACAUCCUACUUCAUAGGAUAAAUUCAGUAUGGUUUUUUAUUUCUGAUUUUGUUUGAUUGUAAUGAAAUUGUAAUGUAAUUGAUUGACUGAAUGAGGCAUAUUAUUGCACACACUCCACUGCUUGCUUUCACUCAUGCAUUUAAUAUCAGUGUUGUAACAUCUUAGAUGAUUGUAGAAUUUAUAUUAGAUUAGUAUGCCAUUUGUUUUCUCUGCAUGUUUUAAUGAAGAUGGAUUUGAUUUAUCAGUUCUUUUGUAAGUCAAAAUGCAUGUAUUUAAAUGUGGUUAUAAAUGCAUUCAAUCUCAGUGUUGUAAGCUCUUUUGUAGAAUUUUAUAGAAUAUAAAAGCUCUUUUGUAGAAUUUGUAUUAAAAUGACAUUUCAGUUUA